GCGAGGGAAGGAAAAGGAAAGCUCAUUACCGGUGGAUGCGAGGCACACGCAAGGCAGCCACAAACACACACACACACACACACACACCCACUCAAAGUGAAUUUCGCCCACCUGUUACUCUUUCGAGAAGAGGAAACACAUCAGAGAGAAACAAGGACUAACAACUUGGGAAGUGAAUCAGCAGAUGGAAAUCAGGAAGGACAGCGACUUAGACUCAAAGUUUGGGAGCUGCUGAGCAGUCUGUUUCAAGAGGCUUAGAAUAAACAAAAAGAAGGCAGGAAAAUGACCUAAUUAGCAACGAGCAUGACGGACAACUUGGCGCAAAUGUGUUGGUGGUAAUUUCCCCAGUUUCACCCACAAGGAAGACACAUGCAUCAGUGCGCAUACACGUACGACACAUUCACAAACCCUGCCCUUCCCUUCCUGCCAUCCGCCCCAGUCCUCCAUGGAUUCCUACAACUUCCACUUUGAGAGAAUGAGCAACGUGGAUCUGCAUCCUCUGAGCCAGCCUGUCAGCCGGCUCUCCCCUGCCAAGUCCAACAGCAGCAUCGCUGACCAACUUGCCCAUCACCAACACGGGAAAGGAGACUCUGCGUACAGCUCCUUCUCUGGUGGGUCCACUGCCCCAGACUACCCCUCUACCUUUCUCACAGACGACCUACAGUCCAACUCCUUCAGCCACUAUGCUGAUCUUAAGUAUGUAAAGUCCAUUUACCAUCCGACCAAGGAUCUGCAGUCUGACUCGAAGAACAUGGACCAGCUCUAUCGCUCUGUGGAAGCUAUCUCACAGCAGUAUCGCAAUAAUACCAGCACCAGUCUAAACUACCACAAUGGCAGUGGCAGUUUCCACACCAAUAACAACAAAGCACACUCUAAACAAGAGAUGCAAGGUGCUUGCCCUCUUGUCUGUCCUCCUCCAGUCCCAGCACGCCUGGAUAGUUUCAUAGCCACAAAAAAUUUGGAGAACAGCAGGGUCCACCACCAAGGUACUGAGUUUCAACCCCAGCAGCCACAGCCUCAGCAACAGCCCAGAUCCCACAAUCGGUUGCAUCCACAGCCCCAUGGUCCAAAUACCCCAAGAACUGAGACGGCUAACCCAGAUACAGGCAACCCAAGCUUCAAUUCUGACCCAGUGUACUCAGUUUGGAGAGGCUCUCAACAGCCACAGGCCCAGAAGCCACCAACCUACCGCCUCCACUUCCAGCCUCAUGAUCAGACCAGAAGCUUGAACCCAGAAUACCUGUUCAUCACGGAUAACAAAUCAGCCUCUGAGCAGCAGAAGUCAACAAACAUCCUAAGCCGAUCACCUCCCCGAGGCACAAACCAGCCUGAGCACCUGAAACCCACACAGCCCUCAAGCAGUGGUGCAUGUAAUGGAGACUAUCAAAACAAGACCGGUGAGCGCAAAAGGGAGGACUCAGCUCAUGAUUGGCAUGGUUCAGAGGCAACUCGACCUGCCAGCCCUUGGAAUGCUAGUCAGAGUUUUAUAAACAGCAGCAUCCAGCAUAAGGGUCAAUUCUACUUUGUCACUGGAGUGUGUAAGCUGUCUGAAUCUGGUAAAAGGACACACUCUGCUGUGUGUGGGUCUGAGGCUGGGAGUGAGAGCUCCACUUGGAGCAAUGAGACACACCGGCUAACAGAAAAAGAAAGAUCCCACAGCACAAUGGAUAAUUUGUUUAGACAUCACCAAGAGAGCUCUUGCACUUCCAGCGGUAUGAUUCCAGAUGAGAGAGAGGCUUUCACUCUUGUGUCUCAGGGCAAGGACCUGUCCCCUAGGAGCCAGGAGAAUCACAGACCUUCCCUCAUCUUGACACAGUCCUCUCAAAGCUUUGACACCUCAGAAGAAAUCAACAUGAUGCAGAGUCGAGAGAUUGGUCGACACACUGCCGACAACCCAAUAUUCUACUGUGGACCUGACAGAAACUGCCCACCACAUUCAACCACACAAACAAAGGAGGUCGAUUCACUGUUAAGCAAUGAACAGCCCAACCACCCCAACAGAGAGGAGAAAGUAAGGAGAGGGAAACAGCAACCAUUGGAGGAUGUAGACAGCAAGAGGAUAAACAAAGAAACAACACCGCUUCUGUACCACCUCACCGAAGUCCUGUUACGGAAUAAAAGAGAUACUAAUGUCAACGUAAAAGACAAGGACGCAAUUCUAAACAAAACAGCUCAUGGAGAUGUGGCUGUUGACAAUAAUGAGAGAUCUCCACAAGAUGACACCAGCAAGAACGAUAGAGGGGAAGUUGGCUCCGUUGCCUGUAACACCCUGGAUGACUCAUUUACAAAGUACUAUAAAGAGAAGCUAAAGGAUGCCCAGUCUAAAGUCCUAAGGGAGACGUCAUUUAAAAGGAGGGACCUGCAGCUGUCAUGGCUAUACCGUAUCAGACAAAAGUCUGAACAGAGGCUUCAGGUGAGUCAUACUGUCUCCUUAUCACAGGACUCUGAGACUUCCACAGACACACUCACUCCCUCUGUGACCUCUGAGGAGACAGAGAGGGGGAGCACUAAAGAAGAAGUCAGGGAGAAUCAGAAGGAGAUGCACAAAGAGACUGAAAAGGAAAACGGUAGGCCAGCAAAUGUGGCCCAGCCCCAGACAGCCCGCAUCAGAGGCAGGAAGCGAUUGACUCCAGAGCAGAAGAAGAUGUGCUACUCUGAACCAGAGAAACUCAACCAGCUUGGUGUUGUCCCCAUCCACUCUGCUUGCCGCUCAUUUGGCAACGAAAGUGACGACGUGUUUGAAUGUGAAGGAGAGGAACGUGUUCAGCGAGGAGAGCUGGGACUGGUUGCAACACGGAGGAAAAUGUUUGAGACAAGAAGUCGAACGCUUUCAACUCCUAGCACUUUAAAGACAAACUUAAAACAUCUGCAACACAAGGCCCUGGUGGAGUACAUGGAGCGUAAGACGGGCCAUAAAGUGGCUGAGCCACAACAACCAGCACCUCUGUUACCACGUCCAUCCAGACAGAGGCAUUCUCUGGGAGAGAAACCGUUUGACUGGGGUCCCAGGCCUCUAUCAGGAAAUCAUGAAAGCAAAAACACUAAGAGGAAACCCCACAGACCCCACUCUGCAGGUCGCAUUCUGGAUUCCUCCAGCAGCUCCAUCAGGUAUGCCCAGUUCUUCUCAGAUCAGUCUUGUUCAGGCCAAUAUGCUGGCCAGUCGAAUCAGCCAAGAUGGAGGGUGAGCCACGGUCCAUCUCAGGGGAUGUCUGCCUCAGUGGAGAGUCUCUUGGAGCAGCCAGAAGCACCCAGUUUCUUCAGGAACAGAUCCACGUCCAUACCACAUGUAUUUGAGGCACAUAAUUUUAAGAAGCAUCCAUCACCAGUUAAUACUAUGGAAACCCAGAGUCCCCAGAAGGAUGCCACUGAGAACUCCUCAGUAAAGCCAGCCCCACAGGGUCAGGAGUGUGUCCGUGUGGUUGCACAGAGGGGGAUGUCCAUGGAAGAGCUCGGGGAAUCAAAGUUAACAAGACCAUCAGUCCUGAGUAGAAGUUCUGAACAGCUGGAUCAACUGUGGAGGUAUUCGACUGGACCAGGAGGACCGGACAGAGACAAGAAGAGUAAUAAAUUCUUUUCUGUAGUCAGAGAAGCCCAGUGGCAGAACAGAGGGAGGAAGAAACAACAUGUAACAGAGCAAGCGGGACAAGAACCAGAGAUUGUUGGUCAGAAGAUCACUCAGGGACAGAUCCAAAACCAAACCCAGAAAAGGUCUUUGUUGAAGAAGAUCUCUGAACCAGGAGAGGAUGCCACAGUAGGAACAAGGAACUCCAGUAGAUCCACCUCCCCAGCUUUCUGUUCCUCUUCCCGGGCCAGGGUUCCCUCUGAAUGUCAUAGCCCUGUCAGAGAUGAUGAUGAAUUCAGGUCCAGUAGACCGCCCAGUGAAACUUCAUCCAACCCACCGUCCCCCGGAGGUCUAGAGACCAGUAAGAGGGAGAUCAAAUCCACCGCAUCCACACCAACCCAGACUAAUCUUCCUUUUGAAAACAGGCCUAGCUCCAGUAGAUUCAGGACUUCUCCUUCUCUGACUGGAUCAGAGAAAGAGCGGUCGGUGGACGAACCAAGCAAUGACGCCCCGCCGCCUGAUUCAAUCCACGAAGUGUCUCUGAGCUGCGGCGUCACCACAGAUCUGUCGCUGUGGAUUAUCCCUCCAGAAGACGAGAUCAAAGAGGAAGUCCAGACUUCACCGCUGAAAGGCAACGAUUUUGACGACGAGUCCAGCAGCUCGGCCCAUCCAACACAGACAAGUGAAACCCCUGUGUCUACCCGCACCUCUGUCUCUGACACAGACACCAGUCAGCAGGUGGAAGAGGAGAAACCCCCAGAAAUGGCAGAAAACCAGGCGAUGGAGGAGAGGGGAACACCAGAGGGAGAGAACAAGAGCCUGGACAGGCCCGCAGAGAGACCUCAGUGGGAGGAGCUUGUCGAAGCAGUGGUCAAGGCUGACCAAUCACUGGCCAGAGUGCUCUACCCAUUGGCCAAUCGUAAGACCGCUCUGAUGCUGAUGGAGCAGCUGCUGUCAGAGGACACACUGCUGAUGGAGGAGCACUAUAAGAAGAAACAGGAGCAGAAAGAAGCUGCAGAAAGUGCUGAAACGGUCGAAGGUUCAGACGGCCUUAAACCUCCAAGCGCAGAUCUGCAGAGCAAAACUGACAUCACUGAGAAGAAGCGUCUGUUAGUGUCCUAUAUUGAGGCGCGUCUGCGUUCGCUGGAAGAGACGCGUGGUGCCCUCCAGACAGAGAUUGAGGAGAACGUGGCCCACGGGGAGGCCCUGAAGGUACUGGUCUGUGAGCGCUGUCUUCCCGUGGAGCUGGAGAGGUACAACCUGUUCAUAGGAGACCUGGAGAGAGUGGUCAACCUGCUGCUGUGCCUCUCUGCUCGGCUGGCCAGGGUACAGAACGCACUGAGCACCGUGGACCAACACACAGAUGCUGAGGAGAAGCAAUCUUUGGACAGUCGCCACCGUCUGCUGUGCAAACAGAGGGAGGAUGCCAAAGAUCUGAAGGAUAACCUGGACAGGAGAGAGAACCUUGUCUCGACCUUCUUGUCGCGUCAGCUGUCCGCCGAACAGCUGCAGGACUACCAGCGCUUUGUCCAGACCAAGGCCUCACUGCUUAUCCGGCAGAAGGACCUGGAGGAGAAGCAGAGGCUGGGAGAGGAGCAGCUGGAGGCCCUUUCCAACAGCCUGAAUCUUUGAAGGGAGGAGCAGCGGAAGCACAGACUUCUCCUUUCUCUCUUGACUUGCCUUAAAGGAGGGAUGGCUUGUUCAAAAAAAGACAUGUAGAGAGUUUGGCUGUACUUUUUCUGGCUCAGUUUGCCACAUAGACACACAGUGCCACACAAGUGGUCCAGCUGGUAUCUCCAACCCUUUGCGCCCUGUCAUGGCUUUCUUUUGUCCUUUAUAAAAGAGUUUGGCAGGGCUACUAAGGGAGAACCCAUGCCAUCUGCUCUCCUCUCAUAACUAUAGGCCGUACAUGAGAUGAGCAAUAAAGACUGUUGAGACUAAAGCUCCUUGGCUCAUCCACCGAGUGAGUCCGCUCACCCAGUCUCCACCCAUUGUUGUUCUCAGUCUGCACAAUCUGCGAUGUGCCACUGAAAAGUUUUCCCAAUAUGCUGUAAUGUGUCCGUUACUGUGUGCCUUGAUAUUGGUGUUGCUGUGGAACAUUUUCCAUUAGAGCUGCUGGGUGGAAACUUUGUGUCCCCUGUGAGCAUUUCAGCAACUGUCAAUUUUUAUUAAGAUGGUAGUGCUACAGCCCCGUAUCUGCACCUGUGGAAACCUAUUAUAAGCUUUAAGAUUGUAUUUUCACCAGUGAACGAGA